UCAAAGAGUUUUUGCAAUGAAAUUCAGAAAAAAUGGCCGAAAAGCAAACUCCUCAGUUAGCAAAAUACCUACGAAUCGCACGUAAAUGUCUUGUAUCUUCAAGAUAUGAUGAAGCUUUGGCGCAUUUUGUAUGUUUGUGCAAGAUUCAACCAUCUUUGAAGACUGAGGUUGAAGAUGAGUUUAUGCUGGCGUUAUCCAAGUGCAGUGAACUUCUAGAGCAGCGUGCUGAAUACAGGAAGAUUGUCGCGUGCUUCCAAGAGGCUGCUAUUCUGUUUCCUGAUAAUGAAGCACUUCUGAAUAAUAUUGGUGGAACACUCUUUCGACUCGGAUUUCCAGAUGAAUCAGCUUCAUUCUUUAGACAAGCUCUAAAGCWUAACCCUGACAACAUCCAUGCUAAACAGAGCCUUGAAAACAUCUCGAAUACAUUAGUAGAACGAUGGCAUUUUAGGAUGCUUAACGACAAGGAGCGCAAUACAGCAUAUAAGAAUGCAAUAUCUAAAGCUAUUGCCAUGGGAUAUGAUACAGUAUUAGACAUUGGAAGUGGAAGUGGGAUUCUAAGCAUGUUUGCUGUACAAGCAGGAGCUGAGAAGGUUUAUGCUUGUGAGGUAUCAAAAACAAUGUUUGAAGUCUCACAGGACGUUCUCACAGCCAACAACAUGAGGGACYAUGUACUCCUAGUAAACAAAAAAUCUACAGAAAUAAUUGUUGGCAAAGAUAUUCCAAGCAGGGUGAAUCUUGUUGUUACGGAGACAAUGGACUGUGGUCUUCUUGGUGAAGGAAUACUCAAGACCAUGUCUCAUGCCUGGGACCAGUUACUAUAUUCCAGUAAGGACUWUUCAGAAUGCCGCAAGRUACCAACCAGUAGAGUAAUUCCUUGUGGUGCAACURUAUAUGGUAUGGUAGUAACUGCACCYGAUAUUAGAACUCAAUGCCGAUCUAAAGUUAUUACAUCAGAAAUCAGUCUGAGCUCAGUAAAUAUCAUUGGAGGGGAUCAACUUGAUCCCUGUGGAGAUCACUUUGAUCUCAUUAUGGAUCCCAUAGAACCUUAUACUACAGAGUCUUUAAACCUGUUGCAUCAUGGUUACACUCAACUGUCUGAUCCGUUUGUAAUCACCAAGUAUGAUUUCUGUGAUCCUGGUGGUCUUGACAGCACUAGAAAGCUAAACUUUGAGUUACCAGUAAAAGAGAAUGGUAGUGUAGACGCUAUUGCUGUGUGGUUUGACCUGCAUCUUGAUGACGACAUCCAUAUCAGCACAAGUCCUAAUMACAGGUCGCUGUGCUGGGAACAAGCAGUAUUUCCUGUGUUUCCCCACCAUGUAACAAAUGCUAAACUACAAGUAGUAGAUAAUGAAGUUCUCAUGCUGGUCAGUAAGGGUGAUWUUCUUGUCGUAAAUGGAAUUGUUGAUAAGGAAUUCUUGAAAGUUCAGUGUGCGAAGAUUCUAUAUAAUUCAAUGGAUGGUGAAGACAGUGAAAACAAAGUGAAUUUGAGUACUCAACCAAUSCUUUGUGAARCMGGUGUUGAUUCUUCAAAUCCUUUAGAUGAAAACUUAGUUUCUCUGGGUAAACAAGGAAAUGUUGUCACAGAGCUGGGACAUAAUGAUUGUUCAGCAAAGAAUUUAGUACCAUCAUGUACUGGUAUAACAUCUUGUUCUGUUGAGAAUGUCUUCAGUGCGAGAAUGAAAGAUUGCCAUGCUGUUGUCCCUCAUUCUUACAUGGCUAGAGCUAAUGAUGUAAAUUAUAUCAACACUUACAGUACAGUCAUCAAAGCAUCAAUKAAAGCAAGUCGCAGUAAGUGCUGUGAGGUUAUUGAACACACACUUGGUCUCCCUGUGUUUUCUUUGGUUGCAGCUAAGUGUAACAAAACAAGCACUUUUAUAACAAACCCUGSUAUACCUACAGAUAUAAUAGAGCAACUAAAGCAAGCCAAUGGAAUCUCAAGCCCAUUGCAUUAUGGGCCUGUGAAGCUAGAGGACAUUGCCCGUGGGGGUAGUCAUUGGGAUAUUUUUGUCACAGACUUGAUUGAACCUUCUGGUAUUAUAAAGCACCAAGGAAUUGAAGAUAUUGUUUUUGCAAAAGGUUGCCUGCUUAAUAAAAACCUGGGUGUUGUAAUACCUCAAGAACUUCAAGCACUUGCAAUGUGCAUUGAWUSUAAUGAUUUGAUUUCARUGAGCAAAGUCCAGAGCAAUGAUAAUACCCUGGGACUGGAGAUUGGUUCUUUCAUGAAUGAAUUCAAGGUCUCUACGCAAAUCAAUGUUGACAUGWCAACAUUGAAUUUCCAACCACUAAGUGAAGAYUUCAAACUGUUUGGAAUGGAUUUUAUGUGUGACACUGUUGAUGGCUUACUGUCCUUGCUUGACUGUUCUCUWGAGGUGCGAGUAAAGAUUUCACGCUCUGGUGUAAUACAUGCCUUGCCRUAUUGGUUUAUGCUAGGACUGGAUAAGAAAACCACUUUGUCGACAUAUUCCUGUGGAUAUGUCGGUUCCCAUUGGAAACAGGCAGUCUAUAUACUCGAGUCAGGCUUACAAGUAGAUAAGGGUGACGAGGUCAUUGUUUGUGGGACAGUCAAAGACAGCUGCCUUUUACUUGACAUAAGGAAAGCACUUUAAAAACAAAAUGUAGACGCUCUAAGAGCAUCCGAAAUUCAGAAACUGGCAAAAAUCAAUUCAAAAUCAUUUUUGAAACCUUUUCAAAAUAAAAAAAAAA